AUUCGUUAUUCAUAGCAAACAGUUAAACAGGAAACAACAAAAAUGAAACUCAUCAUCACCAUACUGGCAUUCAUUUGUUGCGUCGCCGCUGACGUCUCACACUUAUCCGGCUCGUACUUGCCACCCGUACAACCUCAACCUCAGUAUCUGCCACCUGCACAAGAGUACUUGCCUCCUUCUCAACCGCAACCACAGUAUUUACCUCCCGCAGCACCAGAGCCACAAUAUCUGCCUCCUCAACCACAAUACUUGCCACCUGUCGCGCCACAAGCUGAAUACUUACCACCUGUUGCACCACAACCUCAAUACUUGCCACCUGCUGAACCUCAACCACAAUAUCUGCCGCCUGCACCACAGUACUUGCCUCCUGCUGCUCCAGCACCUGAGUACUUACCACCUGUUGACACACCUGUCGCAGAGGAUGGUUACCGUUACAGAACCGUGAAGAAGUACCGUUUGAGAAGCCACUAAACUCUCGUGGUUGUGUAGAAUGUGAAGAAGAAGUUGUUAAAGAUUUUGUUACUGGGUUUCAUAAUCGUUUAUAAUUCCCGCAUGAAAUACAUACAUAUUGUUUUUGUUGAUUAUUUUCUAAACUCUCAC